AUGCAAGCAGGAAAUAUCCCCGCCCUUCCUCCUACCUAUUACUCCCUUACGCCCGACGCGCUUGAGCACGAUCUCCUCUCUGGCGACAUAUUGAAUUCGCAACCUUCGCCGGCUGACGACGCCCCCCCUCCGUAUGACGGCGGCGUCUCAGUUUAUGCCGCUCAAUAUACGGAAAUGCUAUCUAUACUCUCGACCAUCUACUUAGAGAUUGCAGCCAACCUGUCGACCUUACGCUGCGCUUCGGACGCCGACGUGCAACCGCUUCGCAAGUACUCACACGAUAUCUGGCUCCUCGCAAGGUCGGACUCUGAGCGACCUUCUGGACAGCUAUCGCUGGAGUUCCCUUCCCUUGCUGGUUACCACAUCAUCUCAUUCGUUCUAUUUCUGUACUCCUCGCCAGACGUGGUGUGCGAAGCGUGCUCGCACGACGAAGAGUCGAUGGCGCGUGUCUUGACCUGGUUGGAGCAGGUCGCCCAGGUAAUGACUUGGAACGUAAUACCGACGACGACGGUAUCUCCAGUCGACGACCUGGACUCCUUCAUGUUCUGCACCGGCGCAUUUGACAUAUUCGCCCCUUUCAUGAAGGCGCACGACGGCUGUUACGAGUUUGCCGGUCUUGUGGAUGACGACUUUGUAAUGUCCGGCGAUUGGCCGCAGUCUCGUGAAAGCGACGAUGAAAACUUGUACCUCGCUCUCUCUAGUAUGUCUCUAGAUGAGCGAUCGCAUUCGCCUACGGUGUCGCUGCGCGAGAGGUUAAUCAUCCCCUCGAGCAUUGACGCUCUCCGCUAUACCUCUCAUACCGGCACUUACUCCAUGGAGGCCAAUUUCUACUCGGUCACGAACAACGUGGUGUCUAUCCAUCGUUCUGACGCUCUCCCGUCGUGGCGGCCUCCCAUCGAGCAAGAUUAUGUCAUCCUCCCGCUGGGUGAUCCGACUCACCUCUCAUGGCGCCAUAGCAUUGGCAGACUCCUCAGCGGUGCCAUCUUCGGUCACAUGAGCGACGCACUCGUACCGGGCGACUUAUGGGUUCUCGACUCCUUUCCGCCCGAUUAUGUUCUCGCGCGUCGCACGACGCUUACUCGAGAGGAGGAUGGUACUGAGAAGAGUCUCACGGAGGUUUACUUGUACGGCGGCCAGGUACAAUUUGCAUCACCUGCAGAGUUUGCAGCUCACGCGAUAUGGCUGAUGCGCGGCGCCGUUCCUGGCGAUUGCGCGUGUAAGCACUGCUCAAACGCCUCUCAGGAUGCCAUCACCGCCGUUAUGGAAGCGCUGGUGUAUUCUGCCUCUCGCUUUUUGCGAGUUGUACCCCGCAUCAGGCGUAGGGCUAGCUGGAACGGAGAAACAUGGGUGACCGAAGCGAACACGGAUUAUCUCUAG